AUGGCCGCUGGGCUUUACCCAAACUCCGCUUCGCAGGGCAUUGGCGCAGCAGCUUUGAAUCUUCACCGAGUUCCUGGAAUGCCAGCUGAGUUUUCCGACUGGCACGAUUGGAGACUUCCAGAGCAUGAAUCAUCUCGAGGAAAUUGGGUUUCCUCGUCUAUGGAACACCACUGCGCACCACCGCUCUGGACGCACCAAUCUUUGGGUGUCUUUGGAUGGCCUGGGGCUAGGGCCGAUCCAUACGCGAGUUCCACUUCUUUUCCCGUGCUCGGCUCCGAGGAGCCGACUCCGCCCGACGGGGCGUCAAGCUCAGCUGCUGCCGCGGCGGCUGCAUCUUCAGGCGAGGCAGCGGCGCAUCCGACUUCUCCGCCUACAACACGAUUAAGUGCAGCGACUUCGGCAUCUGGCGGCCUAGGUGCACUUCCCGGAGGAGCUGAUCAUCUUCAAGGUCUUGGUGAUCCUUGGAUAGCGGCUGCCAGGGAGCUGGUGAGCUCCACCACUGGUCGACAUGGCCAGACCCGGCUUUGGAGAUGGGCCGCUGGCACCUUUUCCUGGGUUCCCGGAUCUUCGGGAGCCGUGCCAUACGACGCCGCUCCAACCUCAGGGAACGCCUGGCUGAACAUGGCUUCCCCUCCCGCAGCCGCUUGCUCUUCGGCGCCUUGGGGAUCUUCGCUUCCGGCCUUGGGUUCUGCGGCCGACUCUGGAUAUCCAGCUGGAUGGCCUGGCGCAUCUUCAACGUUCUACCUGGCCAAGCGCCUCCGAGACCUCCUCCGAUGCUUCAUGGGACUCCUGGACUGCCUGAUCGUUCUGCCGGACAAGGGCGACUUUACCGAGCCACCCUCCUGGCCCGGAUGGCAGUGGACUGCAGCAGCGCGGCGCUGGAACAAGCUCACCGACAUCCCGGUGCACCGCCGUGCCGAGAAGGCUGAAUUGGUCUCCCCGCGCUACCUUGACUGCAUCCUCGGGGUCCUCGAGCUCAAGGCCGGCGUCCGCGAGGACGACGAGAAUCGCGCGGCCUACCGAGGUGUGAUGCAAGAUAGUGGAAGGAAGCGGGACGAGACCUUGUCCCAGUUCGUCACUCGUCGACUCCGAGACUUCACUAAGGCGGCAAACUAUGGGAUCGUCUUGCCGGAAGAGUUCAAGGCCACCAUGCUCAGGGAAGGCGCCCGUCUCAGUGAUCAAGGGCAGCAGAAUCUUACGGCCUUGCUUCAAGGUCACGACCACAACGUGGAUCCAGUCGGCGCGGUUCUGGCCCGAAUGGAGGACCACUCCGACUCCGGCUCCGGUGAGGACGAGCAGAACGAGGACGAGGACGUGUUGGACGACGAGGCGGUCCUUGCCGAGCUCUCGGACUUGAGCUUUACGGACGAGCAGGCCGCCCUGGUCUUCGCCAUCAUGGAGAACCGUCCUCCCAAGCGCCGUCGCACCUGGAAGGAAAACAAGCGCUUCAAGGCAGACCUCAAGAAGGAUCGUCAGAGCUUCGCUAAGGGCGGCGACUCCGGAAAUGCUUCUCGACCAAAGUACUCUCGUGAGCAGCUGAAGAAGAUUUCGAAAUGCCGUCUUUGCGGUCGCCGGGGUCACUGGGCUGAGGACUGCCGAAACGGCACAAAUCGCAAUGCUUCCGGAGAUGCUGGCAAGAUGAAUGGCUUCUGCUACCUGGGCGGACCGCUGCAGGCAGCUUCUUCGUCAGCCUUCUGCUCAUUUGUGGCAUGGCAUGGUGCUCCGGAUGACACCUCCUGGAACUUCUUGUCCAUCCCCUCCGGCAUGGCCAUUCUCGACAUCGGCGCCACCCAGGACAUCAUCGGGCUGGCCGCCAUGAAGUCCCUAGAGGAGGAGCUGGGGCGCAGCGGCGUUGGAGGAGCAGCCAAGGUUUUGAAGACCAUGCUCGUGCCGAUUUCGCCCGGUGGAGUUCCAGGCGUCGUGCAGUUCGUGGUCAUCGAUGGGAAUGUUCCUCCAUUGCUCUCGGUCUCCAAUUUCUGCAUGAAGUGCACGAUCCUCUGGUCCCAGUUCAGGGAUUCAACGAGAAAGGUGAACCCUGUCGCCAUUGUCCUGCGGAGAAGACACAGUCUGGUCACUGGAAGGAAAGCUCCAGGGCAGAUUGGCGGCGAAGACGUUCUCACCGUUCGCCUUAGGCGUGCGGGUGACUGGUCCAUGGCCUUGCAGAGCCAACCACCUGGGACAGCUCCGCAAGGAGGAGCUCGAAGGCGCCUCCGCAUAGAAGAAUCUUCCUUGCGAGGUUUGCUCUUGCUUGGCUGUCGCGUGGAUUUCGUCGAGCUCUUCAACUCCUCUCCGGCGAGCACCCUUCUGCGACAGCGCGGACUGCGAGUUCCUCCUCCUCACGAAGACUUCACUUCUCGAGCUGGUUGGAAUGUUCGCGUGGGUGAGCAUCGCAAGCGAUUUCGGGAGGUAACGACUGAGGAGGAUCAGAUUGAUUGGCACUUUCUGUCGGCUGACUCGGAGGGCGAGGACCUGGCUCUUCGGCUACUCGAACGACAAGAUUUCUCCCAUGCCUCCUGCCUCAAGCUCCUCAAGACGACCGAUUGGCCCUCUAAGCGCACCCGGCGCUGUUGUGUGCAGGAAGCCUCUGGAUGCCACCUGCUGGGCCAGUACACUCACGGAAGAUUUUCAGGUACUACGCUGGCCACCUUCAAGCUCAAGCACACCACCCGGUACCUGAAUGCCUUUAUGACCUCUCACGGAGCUGACGGUACACGUUCCUCCUUGGUGGUUGGGCACAAUGUUCGCGUCAAGGCUCAUCAUGAUUUGAACAACCUAGGCCUCAGCCACUCGCCCUCGGCAAGUUCUCUGGAGGCAAGCUUUGGACCGAGGAGCCCGAUGGGGACUGCGAACAACGUGUUGACUCGAUCCGGCCAGGUACUCCGACUCGGACUUCAUCGGCGUCACGAUAGACUGGUCACCUUCGACGCUCGUCGUUGGCGCGAGGUGGAACCCUGGAGUGGAGAUCGCUGGACCAUCGCAGUGUUUCAGACCCGGUCGGCCAAGGACUUGGAGCCCCAGCAAGACAGACUUCUGAGAGACUUUGGUUUCCAAGUGGACGGGCGCCCUUCAGCCAUGCUGGCCACCGCUCCUCACGCUGAGCUUCUCAGUGCUGCAGUAUGGCAAGGCAGUGCUCUCCCAUCGUUUGCGAGCUCUGCGUUUCCUUCGACUUCCGUCAACGACAUUGAUGAGGAGCAGCUUGAGGAGCUAGAUGUGGAACCGACAAUCGGAGGAUCCAGCUCGACUCAACGCGUGACCGAGGCUCAGAAGCUCCUCCUCAAGAAGCUUCACAUCAAUACCGGGCAUCCUCCUCAGGAUCGUUUCCUCAAGACGCUCAAGGCUGCUGGUGCCCUUCCCCAUGUGCUAAAGUAUGUCAGGGACGAGUUCCAUUGUGAGGCGUGUGCCACAAAACGUGUUCCCGGCCACCGGCGAAAAGCUCAGUGCCCUCGCGUGUUCUCCUUCAACCGGGUGCUCAGCAUGGACGUCUUCUACCUCAACUUCAAAGGCCGAAACGAGGCCUUCCUGAAUGUGGUGGACCAUGGGACCAAUUACCAGAUGGCCCAGCGCAUUCCUGGCUCUGGCGGCGCUCCAACCUCUGCGUCUACCUGGCACGCCUUCCUGACCACUUGGGUCAGAUUUGUCGGUCCUCCGUCGCUCAUCGUGACGGACGGGGGGUUGGAACGGCACGGUGGUUGGUUGAAGCAGCGACUAUGCCAAGAGCUGGAGUCCGGUCAGGCCAUUGUGGAAACCUGGGACGAUGUGGACGAAAUGCUGUCUUCCCUGGUCUCUGCCAAGAAUCGAUGGUUCAACUCCGGCGGCUACACUCCCACUCGCCUGGUGUUUGGGGGCUUCCUCGUGUGCCAGGCGAGUUGCUUUCCGACAACUCCUGUGGGCUCCAGACCUUGA